UAAUCAUUAAGAUGAAGAUCCUAUUGGUGUGUUGCCUUGUUUUCGUCGUAAUAUCUGCCAGGCCAGAGGACAAAUCAAAAACGGAAAAGUCAAAAGUUGAAAAACUUUCUGAAAAACAUACUGAAGAAAAAUAUACAUCCAAAUAUGAUAACGUUAAUAUUGAUGAGAUUCUAAAAAGUGAUAGAUUAUUAAAAAAUUAUGUUAAUUGUUUGUUGGAAAAAGGAAAGUGUGGACCUGAUGGACUAGAUUUAAAAAAACAUUUACCUGAUGCCCUACACAACGGAUGUGCAAAAUGUAGCGAAUUACAAAUGGCGAAUUCCAGAAAAAUCAUUCAUUUUCUUAUUGAUAAUAAGAGAGAUUUAUGGAACGAAUUGGAAGCAAAAUACGAUAAAACUGGAGAAUACAGAAAGAAGUAUGAUGCCCAAAUUAAAAAGGAAAAACUUAAACUUUGAAAAAAAU